AUGUCAUCCGAACAACAACAACAACAACAACAAGAACAAGAGCCGAAUAAUGCGAAUACUCACAAUGAAUUCAACGCAAUCAUCGGCCGUCUGAAAACCGCCGCGAAAUCAGACCAAGCAGAUUUCAACGCGAUCUCUGCCGAGGAGUUACAGGAGCGAUUGCGGAAAUCCCGUCAGAUUGGAUUUAACGUCCAAGCGAGUUUGGAAAUCGAACAGGCGAGGAAACGACAGCUCGUGGAGACGUUUUUGAAGAGAGAGAUGAAAUUACCAAACACCGAAGACGAGGAGGAAAAAGAAGAAGAAAAAGAGAAAGCGGGAGAAAAAGGUGUCUUGUCGCCGUUGGAGGCGAGUUUAGCGGCAGCCAACGAUACGAAUGAUAACGACGCCGGCGGCGACGAGGACGACGAAAUCUCGCGAUUGAAGAAACAACUGGCGGCGUCGCAAUUGGACGCGAGGAAAAGUUUGCAAAUCGCGAAAAAGACCAGGGCGAUGUGCGAUAGGAUGGUGGAGAUGUUGAAGGAAAGUGGGGUGGAGCAGUUAGAGCCGCCCAAGUCGAUUUGA